CUAAUUUGUUCUGCAUAUACUAUUCAUCAAAGUCAAAUUAUUUUAAGGAAUUUUAAAUCUCAGUACCAUUUUUUUUUUCUCUGAUGCUUGAGUUUAUAUUGCACUGAAUUACUUUGGAAGAUAAAGUAAUAGUAAAAUUUACUGGAGAACAGUAUUCUUGUCUUGAAAAUGUGCACACUUGUCUCAGCAAAGGAAAAUCUGAUCUAUUUUUAGAUAUGCAUGCUUUCAUAAGGAGAUAUGACAAAUUAAUACCCUACCCACUUGAAAACCAUUGUGAAGAGCUAAUGUGGAAGCUGAACAGGAAAAAAAGGUUUCAUUGAAUGCUGUGAAGGAGUAUAUGAGAGUUUGAAGAACUCAUUUUGGAGUACAUAGAAAAAUAUUAGAGAUUAUUUCAAAUUUCCUGGCAUUUUGGCAAAACGGGAAGUAUCGAUCCACUGGUUCCCUCUGCUGAGAGGCUGAGUGUGUCCUGGGAGAAGGCAGAGACUGCAUUGUUUAUGGAAGAAAUAAUUUUUAUGGAAAUACAAUUUUGACAUCAGGCCUGGAUUUCAAGGGAAGAAGACUUAGAGGGAUGGAAUUCCCAAGGGAAGAGGCUGGGAUGAGGUUCUGGUGCUUCCUGGGCUCUGAACCUGGAGGCCUCAGUCUGGCAGUGCUCAAGAGAGGCCCUCAAGGGAGAAGAAUGUGACAAUUCACUGGCUUGCAAGUUACUGGUUAAAUUAUGGUGAGAAGGUUCUGUGCUAAAUUUGGCACUGGAUUUAAUAAAAAAAAUUAAGAUAACAAACACAGAACUUUUUAAACCAGGAAUGGCCAAUGUGCAGUCUGUGUAAUGGUGUUAAGCUUACAGAAGAAUUUAUUUGUAGGGAAAACUGUGCUGAACACUUCUAUUGCAAAUUAAACAGAGCCUGAAUAGUACUUCCCAUGCAUAAAACAAAGAGAUAGCAUUGUUUCAUUUUCACAGAAAGCAUAAGAAAACUACAGAGCAGAUAAACGACACAAAAGAAACCAGUUUGCAGAAGGAGGUCCUUCCUUAUUAAAAUACAAGGGAAAUUUCAACCAGUGGAAAGCAGUGGAGCUGAAAUGGAUGCAUAAUGCUUGACAAAGGAUUUUGGAUGGAUUACACAAGAACCUGGAGCUCGCUGCUCUAAGUGAGCUGUCACUGCUACUUGAGAGCCUUUCAGAUGGGCAGCUUGGAUGUCUGCAGUCCCUGGCAGCUCUGCUCCACGUCCCUGGGAGUACUCUGGAGGCUUUCAUAGGUGGUUUCUCCCUCUUUAUCAUCCACAUUCUGUCCGUGUGCUCUGGCCUUUCGGGAGCAGUGUCUGCUCGGUGCCGUGUCACCUCCGGUAGGUGCGUACAGAGGGGCUCGGGUAAGAAGGACUUUCUGUCACUCAAAGUAACACAACUGUACGAUCCUGUUGCUUAUUCAGACAUUUCCCGAGCCUCGUUCCGCACGUCCUCGGAGGCUCGCCUCUCCCCGGAGGAGCUUUGCCGGCGCUGGCUGUCCCGGGGAUGCCCUGCCUCUCCCGGCGUGCCGGGGAUGCUCCCGCGGGAUGCUCCGGGCGGGGCCUGUCCUGGCCACCGCCCCCGGCCCGGCCCGGCCCGGCCGCUGCUCCGCUCCCGGCGGCGGGAGGGCCCUGGCGGCGCUCGGCGGCAGCGGAGCGGAUGGCUUGUGGGUGAUGCGUUGUGCAAGUGCCUCAAGUUUCUCUUGAAAGAUGUGUUCCCCAAAUCCAGCAAACUGGGUCACCUUUGAUGAUGAGCCUCUCUUCCAGUCACCUCAGAAACUGGCUGACAGUCAGAGUGGCUGCAAACCGAAUGGCCUUAAGCUCAAUCUGUCCAGUGUUCAUGAGUCUUCAAGCAGAUCCUCCUCUACAGGCAGCACUCCACUCUCAUCUCCUGUAGUUGAUUUCUACCUAAGUCCUGGACCCCCCAGCAACUCUCCACUUACUACACCGACCAGAGACUACCCGGGAAACCCCUGCAUUUCAAAGUCUGGGAUUCACAUGCUUUAUCCCAUCCCUGAGUUGCCCUCAAAAGUUAACCCUCCUCCAUCCGCUGGGAUUUGUUCAUCCCUAGCCUCGCAGAAACUGAGCAGCCUUCCUUUGAACCCCUCACCUAAUGACCAUCCAGGUAAGACCUUGGUCUCCAAAUCUGCAGAUGAAGGAAGCCUUAACCCACCAGGAAGCUGUGAGGAGCUGGCUCCAGGACACUUCCCAUAUUUCCACAGUGACUGUGCUUUUUCCAGUCCAUUCUGGAAGGAAGGCUCCUCCCUCAGCGUGUUGCCAGCCAAUGUUAGUGCACACAGGAAGGACAAAGUGCUUGACAGGAGCGGGUGUCAUCCUAGAGACAAAGAAACGUGUCAUGAUCAGAAAAGCCUUAACCAGGGCUCCUUCAGUUACAUCUGUGAGAGGCUUGAACACCUGCAAGCUGACAGCUGUGAGGCCAUGGAAAACUCACCCAUCUCCAGCACCCACGCGUGGCACAAGCUCUCCCCCGCCAUCCCACACAGCCUUUUCAGGAGCCAGAAAUCGGAUGGGUGGCCCUUCAUGCUGAGGAUUCCUGAAAAGAAGAACAUGAUGUCAUCUCGGCAGUGGGGCCCUAUUUACCUGAGUGUCCUGGCUGGAGGGGUGUUGCAGAUGUAUUACGAAAAGGGCCUGGAGAAACCUUUCAAGGAAUUCCAGCUGCAGCCGCAGUGCAAGCUGUCGGAACCCAAACUGGAGAGCUACAAUGUCUCAGGAAAAAUCCACACUGUGAAGAUUGAAUGCGUGUCUUACACAGAGAAGAGGAGGUACCACCCCAAAGUAGAGGUGAUCCAUGAGCCAGAGGUGGAGCAGAUGUUAAAGCUGGGCACCACCGACUACAACGACUUCACCGAUUUCCUCGUGACGGUCGAGGAGGAGCUCAUGAAACUUCCUGCUCUUUCCAGACAAAAGAGGAAUUAUGAAGAGCAAGAAAUGACUCUGGAAAUAGUGGAUAACUUUUGGGGGAAAGUCACUAAGGCAGAAGGAAAACUCGUAGAAAGUGCGGUCAUCACACACAUUUACUGCUUGUGUUUUGUGAAUGGCGGUGCCGAGUGUUUUCUAACCCUGAACGACCUGGAACUCCAGAAGAGGGAUGAGCGUUACUUUGAGAAGGAGCAGGAGAAGAAGUGGAUCGAUAUUCUCGAGUGCCAUUUCCAUAACUGUGUCAAAGCACAGGAAUUUGAGCAAUCACGGAUUAUUAAGUUUACACCCCCGGAUGCCUGCAGGCUGGAACUGAUGCGUUUCAGGACACGCUACAGUGGGCAAGACCUUCCCUUUUCUGUGAAGGCUGCAGUGGUGGUUCAGGGGGCAUACAUUGAACUUCAGGCUUUCAUAAACAUGUCUUCAACUGCUCAGAUCUCAACACGUUUAUCCUCUGUGAAAUACUGUGAAAAUGUUAUGAUACGCUUUCCUGUUCCCACACAGUGGAUCAAAGCGCUUUGGACCAUGAACCUCCAAAGGCAGAAGUCCCUAAAAGCGAAAAUGAAUAGGAGAGCGUGCCUUGGGGCUUUGCAUGAGGUUGAAUCUGAUCCUGUAAUCCAAGUCUCGGUUGGAACAGCAAAAUACGAGAAUGCCUACAGGGCCGUGGUGUGGAAGAUUGACAGGCUUCCAGAUAAAAAUUCAAGUUUGGAUCAUCCACACAGCCUGUCUUACAAACUGGAACUGGGAUCAGACCAGGAGAUACCAUCUGACUGGUACCCAUUUGCUACUGUCCAGUUUGUUAUUCAUGAUACCUGUGCCUCGGGAACAGAAGUGAAGUCCCUGGGCAUAGAGAGCGAUCUGCAGCCCCAGAAACAUGUGGUUCAGAAAGCUUUUUACAAUUGCCAGGUUGAAAUUGAAAAGAAGUGGAUUAGGCUUGAUGGAGAAGACCCAGAUAAGGCUGGCAACUGCCUAAUGCAAUGAAAGAGGACAGGAGACACUGUCAUAGGAUAUUAGUAGGAAUCAAUUUGCAUAGGAAAUUCUAUUGUUAGAAGAAGCGCAGUGACCUAGUUUAGGGUAAACAUGGUCAUUGAAUUUUUUUUAGUGCUUAUGGGUUUGAGUCUGCAAAUCCAUUGCAGACUGACUGGCCUGUAUUCAAGUAAACUUCCUGUCAUGGGAGUCCUGGUAUGAGUAAAGGUCUCCCUGUCAGAGUGGCAGGAUGUGAGCACUUCAUUGAGUGGUUCUAAUGUGUUAUUUUCCUGUUGUGUAUCUGUGACUUGGGAAUGAUCUCAUACUCUGUAUUGAAACCUAAUGGCACUACUCAAAGGGUUCAUGUCACUUGGACAUAUAAUAUUUGGUAAUAAAAACUUCCAGAGUGCUUAUGAUCUGUCAGCACCUGUGUAAGGUCCAGAAGGACCAAUUACAUUUUUUAGUGCUGUUUGAAAACUGAAGUCCCUCAUGUUUUGGCUCCCCUUGAUGUAUGUGAGCAGAGCAAGUCCAAAUAAUAUCCUCAAUAAGAGCCUUAAGUAAUGAGUUGAAAAUUGGGUGAUUUUUUGGGAAAAAGGGUCCUCUGCAAUAAUACUCUUUAUUCUCCUGUGGCUGCAACUCCCCUGCACUUUAUAGGUUCACUUAAAGUAAUCUCUUGGGCAAAAAAAUGGCAGAUGUGAUUGAAGUUUCUGUGCCAGCAUUAGACAGUUCCAUUUCACUACUGUAGCAAGUGAGAUAAGGGGUGGAUUCUCAGUGAGGGUAAAUCAGUCCAGACCCAUUUCAUCUGAUGAGGCUUGGAGAAUUUACAGCAGAGGAGGUUUCUCCCCACAAGCUGGAAAAAAGACUGGUUGCUGCUGUUUGCUCUGUCUCCUUUAGGAUGCAAGUUCCAGAUGCUGGUAAGGAAACUGCAGGAGCUAUGGCUUUGAGUAAAUUUCAAAACAUGCAUGGAAAGGGAGAUGUUUUCAUGCUCCUGGCUCUAAAGGCAUUUUCCAUGGGGAAAUAAUGCAGGAAUGGGCUGUCACAAGAGACAUGAAGCUGUGAUGCUUCACUGGGCAGCCUGAGCUACUAAUCACUAAUGUCAGUGUGUUAACUGUGUUUUCAACAAACAAUUGGCCUUUAGGGAAAAGUUCUAAUACUUCCUUUCAGCCAUUAUCCCCUUUGUCAUUUUCUGCAGGCUGCAAUUCCAGGUCUGAAGAAAUAUGAUAAAUUUAAAAAAUACUUCAUGAUACCCCCUCUUUUUUUUUUUUCUUUUUUUUUUUUUGGCUGCAGUUUUCUUAAAAUUAGCCUUACUUCAAACUAAAAUUAGUAGAGAACAAAAAUAUAGUAAUGCACUGCCUCACUUUAUAUUUUGUACAGCUUGUAACUGUUUAUAUGAACACUGUGUAAAAAUACAGAUAAAUGGUGUUCCCCAGCAGUAGAAAUAUGUGGGAUAUACACCAAGAAAAUUACUAGUCUGAGGAAACAGAAGACCAUAAUAUGAACCUAGUUCAUCACAAUAAACUUUUCCCCCCCAUCCAGAAGCUGAGAAUGAAAUGGGUAAUAGAUUCCAUAGUAAGUCCUGAAGGCAGGUUUUUUAUGGGUAUUGCAUUGCCAAAGCCCCAAGUAGACUAUUAUGGUAUUUGGGCUUCUCUAUAUAUCCCUUUUUAUUAGCAGAUUAUAUUGUUCUAAAUCUAAGAAAGCAUUGGACUAUAGUAGUGAUCCAAAUAUGUCUCAGCUGUUGCAUCUUCCAUCUGUGUUUUGACUUGAGAAGCCAUUAGCACCUUCAAGUCAUAUUUGGUGUGUUUCAUUAAUAUUUCAUUUUGGUUUAUAUUCUGCUCAGCUGAACUAAGUGGCACAGUGUUGCCACCUGGGCAAAGUGUUUAUACAUGGCAACUUGGUAAGCUCUGCAGUUUGCUGAAGUCUCACAUGGUUGUACUACAGCUAAAAUAUUUAUUAACCUCUUUGCUCAGUGAGGUAGAGGAAGCAAAAUAUGCAUUGCAAUUACCUGCAGUUAUCUUUGUCUGAAGCUGGCUUGUUCUGAUGGGCAGUGAACAGCUAAUUCAGUAAACCUACUAACAGUGAUUGAAGUCUGUGUUGUCCAGCUGGCCCCUCUUUUUCUAUUUUUAAGAAAGAGGAACCUGAAUAUCUCCAUUCCACCUCUGUUUCAUCUUAGGAUCUCCAUGCACAGCACUCACCUCCUGGGCAUUGGGUACCUGGUGGUGUUACAGUCCUGCAGAAGCUAUGGAUGCUUUUCUGCUCUCAGGUUUCUGCUGUGUCUCAGGGUAUGUUCAAGGAGCCUGUGUAGCGUUGGCCCUUCAAGAUACAAGCUACUGUUUUGCAGUGAGUAGCUUAAAUAAGGAAUGACUACCUUACAAGUCACCAUUCCUGCUAGAGAGCUGUAUUAAGGUGUUAUGGUGCAAAUGAUCAUUCAGACUUACUGAACUCAAUAACAUAAAAGGGUAAAGAUACAGCUUUAUAUAUGUUGCAAACCCCUGGAUUUUCAUCUGAGGCUUGCAAGACUCAUGAUUAACUUUAAUCAGAAUUGAAUCAAGGUAAUGGGAAAUUAAUUCCACAGAUAUACUGCUACACUGAAAGAAAGUUAUUCUGUUUAAUACAUGAAUUUCGGUUUCAACUUGACAAUUAGUGCAGCCUAAGGUUGAAUAAUUGCUCUGUUCAGUCUCACACUGAUAUUUGUAUGCCGUGAUGUCAGAAUAUUUAAAAAUAGGCUGCAGUUUAAUGAAAAAAAAUUUGGGUUGUCUGACUUUUUUCCCCGCCAUCAAAUUCGAGCUUCCUAUAUUGCAACAUGCCAAGCCAGAAAUAACCAGGCUUCUCCUUUCUUCUGUGCUGUUUUGAGCAUAUCUUACUGAACAAAUAUUAUUAACUCUAAGACUCAUUGCUAGCAUUUUCCAUGAAUAUUACAGCAGCUGAUACUGAGUAAAAAUAUGGGCUCUGAAUUCUUUAGAAAUCUGGGCUACAAGUAGUCUAAUUGUAAUUUUGGGAAGGGGAAUGGAGAUGAAGAACAUUUGCUAUAAGCUGCUGUGAUGCAUAAGCAGUGUCCAGCUAGCAGGACUGGAGCUUUAGAUAACCCAUGAGGUUUUGGCAUGGUGUGAGGAACCAGGUUUCACACGUGUCUGGUCUCCGCUUCCCUCAGUGAGCGCCUGCAGUCACUGAAAUGCUUCCAAGUGUCUGGGUCACUAAAGAAACUGACAUUUCAUUAACAUUUACUUCAGGGCAGUGUUUAGGUGUUAUCUCUGUUUCCUUCACAAAGGACCAGCAGGGUUUGGGAGAUUUUAUAUUUAAAACAGAAAUCAAUGAGAACAACUAUUUUUGUAGUGUGUUUGCCUUACUUACAAAGUGUAUUUUCUAAAACCGACCAACUUUAUCUUUGCAUUCAUCUUUCCCAUAUUAAUUGUAUUACUACAAGUAAAUGGUAGUUGAUGUAAUUUUGGAUUCAAACACCCAUUGAAGUCAGUGGAAGUCUUUUAACUGACAAAAUGGGAUCUGCAUCAAAGUCACUAAGAAUAAAAGAGAGGCAAAAAAGAAGAAGAAAAGAGUAGUGGUAAUGGUCUGUAGAUGAUUUUUUAUGUCAGUAAGAAACCUGCAAUGCCUGCUUAUUCCAACCAGAAGAAAGCACAAAGGGUAGGAAAAGAGGUGUUACUGGAUGCCACAGCUGAAGCUUUGCAGUGACUGGGAGCAAUGGUUCUGUCGCUCCUAGGCAGAAACUCUCAAGAAAUGACGAUGAUGAUGCACUCCAUUGAACUUGAUACCAAGCCACUGUCAUCCUUAUGCUCCUUGCUUUGUUUUCUUCCAGAUUCUGUAUUAAUUGUCCAAAAGUAUUUUACAUCUGAACACAUGUUUUCACAUGUUACUUUUGGUUGUGUUUAUUUUACCUGGCAGACUUCUUUGCUGCGGUACUGGUGUCCAUAUUUCUAUUUUGCAUUUAUUUGUCUUUUUGUUACUUAACACAGUAACUAACUGCUGCAGUUAGUAGUUCUUAGCAAUAAUUUUGAUAACUCUGAAGCAGUGCUGUUACUCCUAAUGGAAACUAUAAUUUUAUUUGGGUCUUUUGUCAGUAUAAGUGCAAAGAGAUCAUGCUGAUAAUCUUGUAAUAACAUUUUGUAGAUUGCAUAUUGAUUAAAAAAAUAAAGUUGUAUUUCAAACUAGCA